AUGAUGGCUCUACAAGAGAAACCCGCAGGAAGGCCGCUCCUGGUGCAAGGCCAUCGAUGGAUCACCAACGCUACCAAACCAGACUACAUUCCCAAUCUACACGAGGUGCCUCACGUGGAAGGCAAGCCCGGCGGUUGGCACCCAACCCUCGUCCACUCCUCUGGUGAAGUCAAAUUUACCGUCAUACGUCUCAAACCCAACGGCGGGGAGGUCCCCAUCCACUACCACAGCACCGUCUGGGAUUACUUCAUGCCGAUUGAGGGCGAGGCUGUCAUCGAGACAGAGACGAAGGAGGGAGUGAAGAAGGACUUCCUGAUGAAGCUAGGCGCCUUUCUUGCUGUUGGACCUGGUGAUGUGCAUCGGGUAGUGAAUUUAUCGAAGGAGAAGGAGUUUGUGUUCUUCAUAGCACAGGCGCCACGGCAUCAGUACGACUUUGUCGGGAAGUGA